AUGGAGCGCCGUCUUCUGGAUCGGUUUGAUGACGUGGAGAAGGAGCUUCAUCGCUCGCGUGCGGGGUCGGCGUCACCAUCAGCUCCUCGCGCUGCUCCCGCCGUCCCUCUCUCCGCGCUCCUGCCCCACAAUCCUUUUGGAUCCCCGGCGCGCUCAGCGCGGCUGCUGCCUGCGGGGAUGGGCUUCGUUGGCGCUGGUGACGGGCCGACGUGGGCUCAGUUUGCUCCGCCAUGUCCUCUUCCUGCUCCGCGUGAUCUCGCCGUGUCGUCUCACCGUGCCCGAGCGUCUGCGUUGCUUCCGCCGAUGAAGGAAGUUCCCACGGCGACCCUGGCCCGCCUAUGGUCGCUGGCGCCGUCCCUGCAGAGCCUUGAGCAGAUUCUUCAGGAGUCAUUUGACUCCAUGCCGGUGAGCCCUCCGAGCAGGUGGGCGGUGGUGCUGGGCGGCAGCUGGGGCACAACGUUAGCGCUGGCAUACGCGCAGGCGCACCCGGGGAGGGUGGCAGGCAUGGUGCUGCGGGGGGUGUGUCUGCUGCGGCGCCGAGAGAUUGACUGGUUCUACCGCCCGGGCGGGGCAGAGGCACUCUUCCCAUUCGCGUGGCGGGACCUCAUGGUCGCGCUGCCCGCCCCUGCUCCCACACACACGGAAGGCGACGCGGAUGAUGGCGGUGGGAGUGGAGAUGGGAAUGGAACCGGGGAUCGGAGUGUGGUGGCUGCGUUCUACGAGAGGCUUAUGAGCACCGAUGCAGCCGCCAGAGACAGUGCUGCGAGGGCAUGGAUGCGGUGGGAGAUGUCGCUCAGCCACUUCCCCAGCGCCUCCGCCCCCGCUGCCCUGCUCGCCUGGGAUGGCUCCGCCUACUCCUUCCCCCCCUCACCCCUCUCCCCUCCCCCUCCGCCCUCCCCUUCAUCUCCGCCCUCGUCAGCACCCCCGUCCUCCUCCUCGUCCCCAGCCUCCCCCUCUGGUUCUGAUCCUCCUCUGGAAACCACAGCAGCACCAUCAGCGGCAGCGGCAGCACCAGCCCCACCAGCAUCAGCACCAGAAGCAGCAGGCGCAGAACCAGCACCAGCACCAACAGCACACGCACCUGCACACACAGUAGCAGCAGCAGAGAAGAGAGAAGGGGAGUCAGAGGAUGGGAAGGAGAGGAGGGAGGAUAUGAGCGAUGCAGCAGGGAAGGACUUGAUGGGAGGGCCGCACAUAUUGGGAUCAGUGGCGCAGGCACGCAUUGAGUGCCACUACUUCCAUCAUGAUGGCUUCCUGACCGAGAACCAGCUGCUAUGCAACAUCGAUGCCAUCCGGCACAUCCCCACCGUCAUUGUGCACGGCCGAUAUGACUUUGUCUGCCCCCUCGUUGCACCAUUGGCGCCGCAAGCGACAGUCGCGUCACUGGAAGCUGCGCUUCCAUCUCCAAUUUCUACCGCUAAGUCGGCGCGUGAGCGCGCAUCGCUCCCCAUGGGGUCCGAUCCAGAUUUGGAGGCCGGCAAGGCUGCGACGGCCGUUGCGCCUCGCCGUCCGCUCAAGCUGCGCCUCAAGGUAGGCGGCGUGGUCGUCGACGUCUCGCGCGCCGCUCCAAAUGCGCCGCGCGGGGAGAGCGAGGGGUGCGGGGGGAGUAGUGCUGACAGCGGGAGCAGCCGCGAGGAGCGUAUCAAAUUCGAUGAGCACACUGAUCGUGAUGAGCGUGUGAAAUCCGACGACGCGGAUGUAACGGAUAUUCGUCGCAAUACGAAGGAGCAUAGACGCACUAGAAAGGAAGGUUCGCGGAACGAGGGAAGGAAGGAAGCGGAGGGCGGGUGGGAGAUGCAUACACCGCCGAUAGACGAUCGGCGGACGGGCGGGGAAGCGAGUGAGAGAUCAGAUGAGAUUAAGGAGAGGGGGGAGGAGCGGAAGAAGCGGGAGGAGCGGGAGGAAAGGGAAAGGCGGGAGAAGCGAAAGGAUGAGGCGGUUGGUUCGGGCGCGGAGAGCGGAAGGCGGUCGAAUACGUCUCCCGCGCGCUUGAAGGACGGGGCUGGUGCGGGGAAGCGGGAGUCGAGGGAGGGGAGGGAGGGCGAGCGCGGGCGGGCAGAGGCGAGCAAGCCUAAGGAGGUUGAGAUGGAGCGGGUCGACGAUGAUCGGACGGUGGAGCGCGCGUCGCGGAGGGACGGUUUGGACGAGCGCGGUCGGUUGCAGCAGGCGUUGGAGAAGGCGAGGAGGGUGCUGUCGCAGAGCAAGCAGGAAGCACGUUCGAGCCCCAAGGAAGCUUCCUCGUCGCCUGCCUCGUCGCCGUCCUCCCCAGCGACACCUGGAGUCGCCGCCACCGAACUCGCAUCGCCAUCCACACCGUCAACGCCGUCUGCGCCGCAGGUGGGCAGAGCCGCGAGCUUCAAGCGCCCCGCGCCGCUCCGCAGAGCAGCGCCUGUGCACGGGGACUCGCGGGGCGGGGAGAGCGCGGAGAGGGGUCGUGCGGAGGGCGAUCGCGAGAACGAUGAGGAGAGCAGCAGCGCAGCAGGGCAGCAGCACCGUGUGUUCGUGGGCGACCUGGACCCCGCCACCUCCGCCGCCGAGCUCACGGAGGCGUUUUCACGGUUCGGAGCGGUGGUGCACGCGCGCAUGGUGGAGCUGCAGAGCUACGGGUUCGUGGGGUUCAAGCAGCGCGCCGAGGCCGAGGCUGCUAUUGCUGCAGGGGAGGACGGCCGCUCGACUAUCAUUGUCCGCGACCAGCGGGUGCGGGUUUCAUGGGCACACGGGUCUCUGCCAGAAUGGAAGAAGGGUGUGGGGGGAUUUUCCUUUGCGGAAGGUUCCUCAAAGCUGCAGAAUGGCCGCAUGAAGAUGCUGGCAGCUACAGCAGCAGCCAGCGCUACAGCCAUGGCAGUGCUGUCAGGUGCCGCCCCUGUCCCCAUGCUUGCGGGCCCUGCUCCUAUGGGAAAGGAUAUCAACGCGCUUCAACAGCACAUUAAGAACCUGCUGAGCCCGUCCACUCCUUACUUCUUCAACACGCUGUACGAUCCGUACAGAGAGGGUGCUGACUUCGUCCGAGGCUACCCAUUCAGCCUUCGUGAAGGAGUGUCAACCGCCGUGUCACACGGGUUGUGGCUGAACAUCCCUGACUACGACGCACCUACGCAGCUCGUCAAGCCAAGCGAGAGAAACUCAAGAUACGUCGAUGCGGUGAUGACUAUCCCUAAGGGAACCCUCUUCCCUAUGUGCGGGAUGAAUCUGGCGUUCGACCGGGAGCUCAUUGGGCCAGCCAUGUACUUCGGGCUUAUGGGCGAUGGGCAGCCGAUUGGGCGUUACGAUGACAUGUGGGCGGGCUGGUGCAUUAAGACAGGAUUGCCAUACAUCUGGCACAGCAAAGCUAGCAAUCCGUUCGUCAACCUGAAGAAGGAGUACAAGGGUAUCUUCUGGCAGGAAGACAUCAUCCCCUUCUUCCAACAAGUGAAGCUGUCCAAGGAGGCAACAACGGUGGAGCAAUGCUAUCUGGAACUUGCUAAGCAAGUGAAAGACAAGCUCUCGUCGCUGGACCCGUACUUCUCCAAGCUAGGGGAUGCUAUGGUUACAUGGAUUGAGGCCUGGACCGAGUUGAACGCAAAGGCUCCUGCCUCCAGCGUUUCUCCUGCCAAAGCAAAGCAAACUGCCAAGUAG